AAGUAGAACCUGAGCAACCGCUAAUACUUUAAGAGUUGUGUUGGGAGAACUUUCUUUGUCAAGACGCCUCAUUUGUUUCCUUACUCAACUCAACCAUCUUUCUCUCUACAGCCAAUUAGUUCAGCUCACACCUCUCUAAACCAACUUUCAUCUUUUCCUUUUCCUUUUCUCAGAAUUCUUAUUUAUGGUGUUGUGGGUUCGUUUUUUGUCCAAGAAAAGAUCAUCAACUUCACAAAGGGUAGCGAGCAAUGCGGUUAAAGGGGAGAUAGAUUGGGAGCUGAGACCUGGUGGCAUGCUGGUUCAGAAGAGGGAUCCUGGCGAUGCAGCUUCUGGUCCCAUGAUCAAGAUCAAGGUCUCUUAUGAUUCUUAUCACCAUGAUAUCACUAUCUCAGCUCAGUCCACGUUUGGUGAUUUGAAGAGGGUUCUUGUAAAUGAGACUGGUUUGGAGCCAAAGGAGCAGAGAUUGUUGUUUAGAGGGAAAGAAAAGGAUGAUGAGGAAUGUUUGGAUAUGGCAGGAGUAAAGGACAUGUCAAAGGUGAUACUAUUAGAAGACCCAGCCAGCAAAGAGAGGAAAUUGCAGCAGAAAAAUCAAAACAUACAAAAAGCUUAUGAAGCAGUUGCCAAGGUCAGAGAAGAGGUUGAUAAGCUCUCUGAAAAGGUGGUUGCCUUGGAGGCAAUUGUUCAAGGAGGCACCAAAAAGGUGGAGGAGAAGGAAUUCACCGUCUUGACUGGGCAGUUCAUGCUGCAAUUGCUUAAAUUGGACACAAUUGAUGCUGAUGGAGAAGCAAAAGUCCAAAGGAGGAUUGAGGUUCAUCGUGUACAAGGUUUUUUGGACACCCUUGACAACUUGAAGGCAAGAAACUCUAAUCCCUUCAGUCCAAGUGGCAAUGCAGUGUCAGUGACUACCAAAUGGGAGACAUUCGAAUCUGGGGUAGGAAGCCUGAGUGCCAAGCCAAACCCCUUACUGUCAUCUACAAGAAUAACUCAAGAUUGGGAAGUAUUCGACUAGGCACCAUUGAACAGUGCCGUACAGAUUCUAAAGAACCAUUUUGUGCGACUUUGGGACUCAAAAAAUCACUAGUAGAGUUUUAAUAUUCGCCUGUUUGUGAUCUUUUCAACCUGCUCUCUCUCUUUAAUAUUUGCUGUACACAUUCUUUUUGUAGCUCUCCUUUUCUAUAUGUAGAUAUAUCAACUACAUGCACCUCCUCCUGCAGUUCUUCUGCGCCCUAUAAAUCUUUUUAUGUUUG